AUGAGCACGUACGCAAGGAAAGAACGUACGGUAAGGUCCCAGGAACAGGAGCUCAAGCGCGCCAGAGGUGCGAUAUCUUGCGCAGAAUGCCGCCGUCUCAAGCUCAAGUGCGACAAGACCGUCCCUUGCUCCUCCUGCAAGCGGCGAGGGUGCGCCUCCAUCUGCCCCAAUGGCUCCCUCACCACAGGCCAGGGCACGAGGUUCAUCCUCGCCGACACGGACCGUCUGCAUCGCAAAAUCGCGGAGAUGAGCGAUCGGAUCCGUCAGCUCGAAGACGGCCUCGCGAUCCUCCAGUCGAGCGUGACGCGCGAACCACAUCCCCUCCUCGCAAACGACCUGCUGAAGAUCAAGUCCGGGCUCGAGCUUCACGCUGCGUCCGAGCUCGAGCUGCAGCGAGAGCGCGAGGGGUUAUCGGGUACAGGACGAGGGGGCGGUGGUGGAGGCGGAGGAGGAGAAGAGGAGGAAGAGGAGCCGGCGUACAUCGACGCGUUUGGGACGCUGGCGGUGCGCGACGACGGCGCCGCGACCUUCUACGGCCGCUCUGCGGGUUCCGAGAGUCUAUUGAUUGAUGACAAACCCCAAUUGUCCAUCUCCACCCUCUCUCGCCCCUCCCCAGGUAACCCCGACCUUCCCCCCGAAAUCAACCGCCUCGCAUCAACGUUCCCGCACGGCCCUCCCGAAGUUCCCAUCUACGACCUCCAAGACCUCAUCUCUGGCUACCUCCCCCCAUGGCACCGCGCGGUCCAGCUCCGGGAGCUCUACCUCGACCAAGCUCCCUGGUUCUUCGGCGCAGUCACGCAGCGCCAGCUCUACGAGGAAGUCUUCCCGCUCUUCUACGAGGAGGCCCAAGAAGAGCUUCACAACCUUCGCGGCGGGCGACUCGGCGCGUCCCCUGAUGCGUUCAACUUGCCGCAGACGGGCGCCGCGACGCCCCACGCGUCGUCGCACGAGCUCGCUCUCAUGUUUGUGGUGUUCUGCUUCGGGGCGCUCACGGACGCGACGCUGCCCCCGGCGCCGCACAACCGGGAGGCGGAGAGGUACUACCAGCUGACGAAGGCGGCGCUGAGCUUAGAGCCGGUGUUGGACAGGCCACCGAGCGUGGCGACGGUUCAGGUGCUGAGCUUGAUGGGGAUCUACAUGGGCAUGGUCGCCGAAGACCGCAGCAUCGAGAGCACUUGGGCGCUCAUGGGCCUGGCUUCCAAGCUCGCACAAGGCACCGGACUUCAUCGCGACUGCGCGCGGUUCAAGCUGUCCUCGGCAGAGACGCAGAAGCGUCGCGCGCUCUUCUGGGAGCUGUUCAUCACCGACUGUUGGCAGGCACUGGCGACGGGACGGCUGCCGACGUUCGAGUUAGGCUUCGUCGACACUGAACUUCCUGCGGACCCAGAAGAGACGCUCGCGGACGACGGUACUCCUCAACCCAGCUUCCCUGCGUGGAAGGCGCGAUGGGGCAAGGAGUGUGUGGCGGCCGUCGUGAUGGGCGUGCUGAAAGCCGCGCCCCCAAAGUAUUCCGUGAUCCUGGAGCUCGACCGGCGUAUACGCGACAUGCCCCUCCCGAAAUACGCCCAAGGACCCCGCCCGCAAAAUGCCGGACUGGCGCAGAUGAUGUCUCAUUACAUGCCUACCAACUACCUCCACUUCACUCUGCUAUACGUGCAUAGGGUGUUCUUCGCUGCUGCAGUGAACGACCACCCGAAUGACCCGAUGCGGAGCCAGUAUGCUCCCUCGUUCCUCGCAGGAUACCGCAGCGCGACUGCGCUGCUCAGCUCUGUCCGCGAGCAGUUCUCCCUUUUCCCUACCGUCAUAGCGCGCUUCUGGGUAAUAUGGACACACGCGUUCUCUGCAUGCAUCAUGCUCGGCUCCGUCGUGACACACAGUGGCCCAACGAAGACAGCCCAGGCGGCCCUCGCCGAGCUGCGCAUCGCGUGCGACCUCUUCGAGCGGGCGGCGCAGCAGGGUGGCCGAGCGACCAAGUUCGUGCCCCAGCUCCGGAAGGUGCUCGAGAAGGCGCAGGCGGCGCACUUCCAGGGUCUCCAACCGCUCCGCCCCGACAUCUUCGCCCCGCGCUCGGCCGAGAACGAGCAGGACGAGCUUUCGAUCUUCAGCGGGCGCACCGCGCGCACCGUCGCGACAAAGUCGAACCGUCCGCAGCGCGUCUCCCCGGGCAUGUCGGCGUCGUCGACCGCGGCGAGCUCGACGACCCCGUCCGACACGUCGAGCCCCCUCGGAUCGGGGUCGGGGUCGGACCCGAACGCGAGGGGCUCGCAGUCGCCGGCGGACGUGUUCCCCGGCUUGGACUCGUCAUAUCGCACGGCCGUGCAUCCGAGCUUGGUCGAGGAGCUGAGGUCGUUCGAGGGCCAGCUCGAGGCGCAGAUCAGCCAUGCGAACGCGUUCUAUCAUGUGGAGCCGUCGCUGGUAGAGCAACAGCAGCAGCAACAUUUGUAUGCAGAGCAGCACCAGCCCCAGCAGCCUCAGCAGCUGCAGACUCAGCAGCUGCCGCCUCCGCAACAGCAACAGAUGGCGUGGUACCAAAAUGCGAUGCCAAUGGACACCCAGCAGCAGAGCUUCUCCACUUCUCAGCCUGGUGUGCACGGGUCGCAGGGUCAGGCAUUCGCGUAUCCUCAGCCACAGACCGAGCAGCACACACCCGAGUAUCACCACACGCAGGAGUAUGCCGCCUAUCAUCACCAGGUGGCCAGCGACCCGCAUAGUCUCCCGCUAUACGGCGGCGCGUACUCGAAGGACCCCGCCGUCACGCAGUAUCAGAACGCUUAUGUGCCCGUGCCCGUGCCCGUCACAGCCACGACGGCGUCCUCGUCCUCGUCGUCACAAUCGGUGUCGCCCUAUGCUGCAUAUGCUACACACGCGAUGCCUGACCAACAGUCCGAGCUGUGGUCCGUGAGCGCUGCGCCGCCUGAUAGCGACAUGGCACACCCGACGUCGCCGAUGUACGAAACGAUCCCGGAGCACGCGCAUGUCCCGCAUAUGCAUCCACCAUCGCAUCAGGGCCAUUAUCGGCAGUAUCAUCCCGGUGCGCCUGCGCCCCAGCCGCUGCAGCCUCAGCAUACGGGCCAUGGCCUGCAGCCCCAGCAUACAGGACAGAGCCUGCAGCCCCAGCAUACGGGCCAGACGCUCCAACCUCAGCAUACUGGGCAGACAAUCCAGCCCCAGCACACAGGUCCCGCUAUCCAGCCUCAAUAUACGGGUUCGUCUAUCCAACCUCACCAUACGGGCCAGAUGCACCAUGGCGGGCAUCACCAGCACCAGCACCAGCACCAGCAGUCGUACACACAGGGCGCGCAGUAUGCGUACAGCCAGCAGCAAGCGACGUAUCACCAGCCUCAGCAGCAGCAGCAACUUCCAGCACCGUCUGCGGCGCCGUACAACGUGCAGCCGGGCGCACCGUACAGCUUGACGGAGACGUGGACGUCGUUCAUCCAGCAUGAGCUGCCUGGGCCGCCGGGUGCCCCCGUUCGCCGGUGAGGACGUGAAACGAUCUUGUUUUAGACUUCCGUCGCACUUUGGAUUUGACUUCCGAGGGCGCGAUCUCUUGUACUAGUAUCUUGCCGUGUCUGUUAUUCCAAGUUCUAUUGCUUCAGCUCAGGUUUCCGUUCCCGUCGUCCUCGUACUUGUCUCAUUUCCCUCCAAUUUUCCGCUAUGCCUAGUCCUACAAUAUUGUCGCUGUCGUGUACAUAUGCUCUGCUUCCUGUCUCACCACUGUUAUCUGCUAGACACCAUGUUUUCGCUAUCACGUGUCGGCAUUGC